CGCCAGUUGCAACGGGCCACUGCAAUAACCUAACCAAAUUUACUUGUAGCGUGUAACUUUGAGACUGUCCCUGCAAUGUUACAAGGAGAGUAGACUAAGUCCUGCGUUUAAUCCAGCGUUAGAAAGCUUUCCUCUGAGCAGAUCACUUCAUUCCCACACUCACGCCCCCAAGGUUUCCGUUGGCCUCACCGCCUUGUAAACACACACCCACUGCCCACGGCGUCCCACGCUCAAUCCUCCGUGAGAUUUCAAAUGAUGACAACGGGCUCGUUGAUUUGUUGUUGUGCCGGUUGUGUUUGGCGUGUGUAAAUUCAAUGAAAAGUUGAAAACAGACGAAAAUUUCAAAUCUGGAGUUCGUAGAGUGAUUGAUUUCAAAAUGGCAAGCAUAAGGGACGACACGGAUAUUCUGGACUCUUCAAUCAUCAGUCAAGCGAGGAUUGAGGAUGAUACCUGUUCAAUUUCAAGUGGAGUUUUUCGUGAGCCUCGGAGAGGAAUCUGGCUGCGCAAAAGAAAAAGAAAGGAGGAUGGGGAUUCUGUUAGUGUUUGUUCCCUAGAUGUUUCAUUAAAUUCAGAGCCAGAUGUUAAGAAGAAAAAGGGCAUGUCUAAGGUUGCAUCUUUUGCAAACCUUUUAUCAACCCCAAUGAAACCUGUCAUGAAAUCCUUGCAGAGAACAUUGACAAGUGGCAAGGGGGACACACCCAAUUCUUUGAUGGGUUCGCCAUACUCUCCACGAAGAGCCUCAAUGUGCCCUCCCACUCCAACUUCUGCGUCGACUAACCCAUCCCCAAAGAGUUCUAGGCAAGUACGCCUACAUCGUAGCUGGAGCCAAACACUUGGCAAAGGAAAUGCUCAACAAGCUAUCUUAGGUUUAAAGGAAACUAAAAGACAAGAGGUGAAUGUUUUUGAAGUAACAAAUACCUAA